AUGGAGAGAAGCCCAGAGAGGGGGUUCCAGGAAAUGGAGGACACAUUGGACUUGCCCAUCCAAUAUAUGAUUCCAGAUGUCUUACCCAUCAACCAGACCAAUGCCACUAACUCCAGCGCCUUGACCGGCAUCAUCCUGUCUCCUUAUUACCAGCACUCAUUCGCCAUGGCGACCGUCCUCACGCUGGCAUACCUGUUCAUCUUCCUGUUGUGCAUGAUAGGAAAUGGGAUGGUGUGCGUGAUUGUUCUAAGGAACCGUCACAUGCGGACCGUCACUAAUAUCUUCAUCCUCAACCUGGCCAUCAGUGAUCUGCUAGUGGGUGUCUUCUGCAUCCCAACAACUCUUGUCGAUAACUUAAUUACAGGAUGGCCCUUCAGCAACAUGAUUUGUAAACUGAGUGGUCUUGUUCAGGGGAUGUCUGUAUGUGCUUCGGUUUUCACCUUGGUGGCCAUUGCUGUGGAUAGGUUCCGCUGUAUUGUUUACCCUUUCAAGCCAAAACUUACCCUCUUUGUUGCUAAGGCAACCAUAGGGAUGAUAUGGCUAUUAGCGUUGGUGAUAAUGUUUCCAUCAGCAUUGAUGUUGACUGUCGAGCAAGAGAAGGGUCACUACAUGGUUCAUAACGACGACUACAACCAAACCUACCCGCUCUACUACUGCUACGAGACCUGGCCAGACCCAGAGAUGCGUAAAGUCUACACCACCGUCCUCUUUGCUCACAUCUACCUGGUUCCCCUCACCCUCAUUAUGCUCCUCUACGGGCGUAUCGGAGCCAAGUUAUACUCCACCACCGUCCUGGGCAGCGCAGAGCAACCCGACACUCCUCCUCAGUGGAAAUCCCCGAUAUCUCAAAGGAAAGUUAAAGUCAUUAAGAUGCUGCUGGUCGUGGCUCUUCUUUUCAUGUUGUCCUGGCUGCCGCUCUGGACCCUAAUGCUCCUGACCGAUUACGCCCGUCCCGAGGGGGACAAGCUGGAGCUCCUAACCGGCUACGUUUUCCCCUUUUCCCACUGGCUCGCGUUCUCCAAUUCCAGCGUCAAUCCCAUCAUUUACGGCUACUUCAACGAGAACUUCAAGAGAGGCUUCCAGGCUGCCUGUCAGCAACAGACGUGCUGUUACAGAGAGCAGGAGCGGUUAACCAUGAGAAGGGGGAAGAGUGACAUUCAGGCUGGUGGGUCCCAGGACGCAGUUCUGGGGAGCAACCUUCUCAACCUGGGAGUGAGGAACAGAGUCUACACCGACAGUGACUUGACGGGAUGCGUGCACCUCGAGAUGGAGCACAGGAGGGUGUCCAUGGAGACGAAAAACUCGAGAGUUGAGGGGGGCAGCGGUGGAAUAUUAAUCAAAAGGGAGCUUAACCUGGAAGACAUAGAGAAGAUUUCUCCUGCAGGGGCUACAGUGUACCAAGCCUGGGAGCUUUGA